AUCUUCGUACAUUUCAAGGUUAUAAUCCUUUUCCAGCUAAUCAACAAUCUCCAUCAGAUUCUCUUUUCUAUAUUAAUGAUAUACCAAGUAUUGAAGCACAACAAAUUGUUAUUAAUAUUGUACUGCACAUGGAUUGA